AUGAACCAAGACAGCAGGCUUCUUUCUUUUGACAAUGGGGAAGAUGGCCCUCUCAAACACUGCCCCGUGCAGGCCGACCUUGCGGUUCAGUCUCCAGACUAUGACGUCGACAGCCAUGAUAGCCCUCUUGUCUUGGGCUGUAUUUUGGCUCUCCCGGUGGUUCCUUUCAAUGCCCUAAAUGCCGGUCAGCAUGGUCUUCCAUAUCUAAGCUUACGACAACAUAUUGCAACUGGAUGCCCUUCGACGGAAGCUUACAGCUUUGCUCAUAGACAUGUUGAGCCCGGAUUCUCCUCCGAUGGUGACUUCGGACCCAAGAUGAGAGCCACAACCGAUAAAAUCACAACUUACUAUCUCGAAAGCGAUGGGUCAGAUGAAUUCUUUGAACGAGCCGUUGGUACUGAACCAGUCAAAAGUUGGCUUGAAGGCAAGGAAAUGACUGAACUAUAUAUGGUUGAUCGUGUUCAAGUGGCCAAAGGCCUUGAGAUUUCUCAUUUGACGGAAGUUCAUCUAAAAUCAAACUUGGGUCCCGAUGUGAAGCAUAUCCUCGUUCCCAAGCUAGACAAACAGGCUAUUGUUGGAUAUGGGCUUCGGAAGUACAGCCUUUGUCGUGCUGGUGGACAAUUCGGCACUGGUGGUGAUUGGAUUAUUACACCAGGAAGGGUGUAUUUCGAUCCCAAUGGCGGUGUUGCGAACUUGGAUAAGUAA